AUGGAACCCCGUCAGAUACACAUCGCUGUCCUCGAUACAGAUAUUCCGUGUCAUCGUGUCUACGCCCAACGAGGAUUGUACAGCUCGCAGUUCAGAUCGCUUCUUGCUGCUGCUGCAAAGCGUAUCAAUAACAGUCAAUACAAGCCACAAGCAGGCUCGGUCAGUGCUCAUGUCACUGCUUUUGAUGUCGUUGGCGACUCACUGCCACCUUUCGGGGGCUUGCGAGUCAAUCCCUGGUCUCUCACGGAGAAACAGUCUUCUGGGUUCCCCGGGCCUAUCGACGCGAUCCUGGUCACUGGCGCUGCAGCUGCGGUAUAUGAUGAUCUGCCUUGGAUUCCAGGUUUGAAGAGUUUCCUACAAAAAGUGCAUUCUGGCUACCCGUUGGUCAAAAUAUUCGGGUCGUGUUUCGGCCAUCAGCUUAUAGGCGAAGCCCUGCUCGCAAGUGACAAGGUCUAUACUUCCAAAGGACGUUCUUUCAAGGUGUCCGUUGGAUUGUCCCCGCAUGGUCACGAAAUUGGCAUUCAUCCUAUCGCCCUGAACCCGGCGUUUAUCUCCAGCUUUCCGCCUCUAGCGCGGUUUUCGCAACAACCAUUUCGCAUGCAACUCAUUCAUGGCGAUGCAGUAAUAUCUUCGCCAGAUUCUCCUGGUGGUAGGGAGGCACUUCUGCCCGAAUCGUGGCUCAAUAUGGGGAGCAGCCUUAAAUGCCCGAUACAAGGCCUGUACCAGCCGGGGCGCGUUCUCACCUUCCAAGGGCAUUUUGAAUUCGACGGGUUUGCUACAGCUGAGCUCUGCUGCAAAUUUGCUGACCAGUUCCACUGGUCUCCAGCAGUUCUGGCUUCUCAUCUGGAAAAUAUCAAGCGCUCCGCUGUGCCGGGAAAAGAAGACGACGAUGAUUCUAAAGCAGCCGCAGAGGCUGUGCUUUUGUUUUUCGCCGGAGAGGACCAGUCGGUAGACUCGGAUCUUCAUCCGUCUUCUUGA